AUAACCCACCUGAUCCUGUGUUCUGAUCCUACAGAAUCACGCCCCUAUCCUUAGCAUGGAGCUGUCUACCAAACGGCAACAGCUGUAUGUGAGCAGUGAUGAGGGAGUGGCCCAGUUACCCCUGCAGAGGUGUGAGCUGUAUGGUAAAGACUGUGCUGACUGCUGUCUGGCCAGAGACCCUUACUGUGCCUGGGACGGCAACACAUGCAACCGAUACUUCCCCAGCAACAAGAGGCGAGCUCGGCGCCAGGAUGUGAAACAUGGGGAUUCAAUGAGCCAGUGUCACAAUGCAGAAGAUGGUUCUGAGUCAGUGGAGCUGAAAGUGAUCUAUGGGGUGCAGAGCAGCUCAACCUUCCUAGAGUGUAUGCCCAGAUCCCAACAGGCUACAGUCAAGUGGACAGUUCAGUCGUCACACACUCGCACUAGCAGAGAGCUGUUCCAGAGCGAGGAUCGUAUGGUCCACAUGAAGCGAGGUCUCCUGGUGCAGCGGCUGGAGCCAGGGGACGCUGGCCUCUACACCUGUACCACCCUGGAGCACUCCUUCUCCCAGGUUCUGGCCCGCUACAACCUCCAGGUCAUACCCCAGCAGAGCAUGACAGCAUCCCAGGCCAGGGUAUCUGAUUCUGGGGCCGGAGGGGCAGGGCUGAGGGGGGGCCCUGGGAGCCACACCCAGAGACACACCAAGCUCCUCAGGAACUACAAGGACCUGCACAUGGUGGGCAUGGCGAGCAUGAGCGCAACCGAGUACUGUGAGCAGCUGUGGUACCGGGAGAAGAAGAAGCUACGCCAGUUGAAGUGGAAACAGACCCAGGUGGACAACGGCAAGGCCAGGGUGCGACGGCACGACUCCACCGAGGAAACCCCACUACAAUAACCAGCUGGGGCUGGGGCUGAGGAUGGGGCUGGAGAUGGGGCUAG